AUGUCUACAGCUAGCAGAAGAAGAUUGAUUAGAGACUUCAAAAGACUUUCUAGUGAUCCACCUGGUGGUGUAAGUGGCGCACCAUGUGGUGAUAAUAUUAUGAUCUGGAACGCAGUAAUAUUUGGGCCAGGGGAGACGCCAUUUGAAGAUGGUACAUUCAGACUCUUAUUGAACUUUGAUGAACAAUAUCCUAAUAAGCCACCAAGCGUGAAAUUUCUAAGCAAAAUGUUUCAUCCUAAUGUUUAUGCUAAUGGUGAACUUUGUUUGGAUAUCCUUCAGAAUAGAUGGUCACCUACGUACGACGUUGCAGCAGUACUCACUUCUAUACAAUCAUUACUCCACGAUCCGAAUCCAAAUAGUCCAGCUAAUAGUGAAGCUGCAUCAUUAUACUCGAAUAAUAUGAAGGAAUACAUACGAAGAGUUAGACAGACGGUGGAGUGGUCUUGGAUAGAUCCAAACGAAUUCGAUAAAGAAGAAGAAAAAGAAAGUCAGUCUUCUAACGAAUAAAUUGUAUAUCAUUGUAUAAAUUCGAGCAUUUGAUCCUUU